AAAUCUUCGUACCUAUCAAAAAGGGGUCAGCAGGAAUCAAUAAAAAUAAAAACAGAGCAAAUUUCACAAGUAAUUGAUCAAAAAGAACUUAAUUACAGCUUAAAUAAUUGCCACAAUAAUUAAAUCGUGAUUAUAGAAAUAUUGAAAAGUGUUUAAACGUAAAGAAUACGCACAUUAAAAGAUGGACUGCGAUGAGGAAGUUAAUGACACACAAGUGAAAAAUGAUUCAAGCGAUAUUAAUUCAUUGCUAAAUUCCCUCGCAUCGUUAAAUACAAAUGAGAAGGAUGACUUGGUUGUGCGUUUCCAAAACAUUGCUAAUGAACUUAGUUAUACUACGGCUAGAUUCUUUUUAGAAAUGAAUAAUUGGAAUCUUCAAGCAGCAGUCGGAUGCUAUUUCGACUUUUUAGCAAGCUCCAAUCAAAAUAGUGCAAAUGUGCCAAUGCCUUCGAUGCGUGUUGUACGAGAAUUGACUUGUGGACUAGGAGAAUCAGUAACACCAAAUACACAAUUUCAACAGAGCUGGAUGCUCGAGAAUAAUGGUGAUGUUCCAUGGCCACAAGGGUGCUAUUUAAAACUCGUAUCGGAAAUUAAUAAUGAUGGAAAGAUGUUUGUUCCAUCAAUUACACCUCGUGAUACACACAUCAUAACAAUAAAUCUCGUAAGUCCAGCUGAUGUUGGGCAAUUUAAGUCACAAUUUUGUCUAUGUACACCCAAUGGUACGACAUUCGGACCAAUUAUAUGGAGUGUUGUUGAUGUGUCUGUCGCUGGCACUUUAGCCCUAACACAGCAAUUACAGCAGCUUCAUACGUCAUCACAGCCGCCCAAAAUGCAUAAUCAAAAUCAACAGCAACAAACGGGAUGGGAAGAUGAUGGAUAUGGUAUGGAUACAGGAGGUUCGCAGAAUGUUCAAUCAACGGCACUCGUGCCGCAUUGCAGUAACGGAAUCACUAGUGAACCAUUUCCAAUAGCUAAUCAAAGUCAACUGCCAGCACCCCAAAACUCUCCAAAUACGAACGAUGAGGAGAUGUACGAGAAGAUCAACAGUCAUAACUUGUAGAUUCGAGUUAUUAUCGUUUAAUUAAACUGUUAAUGUUAAUUAAAACACGCUGUAAAUCAUUGAAUAUUUAAGAAGAAAAAUCAAUUGAAUUAGCGAUAAAAAAAGCGGAAAAAAUCAUCGAUUUAAAUCAAAUUGACUCAGUAAAUGCAAUUUGCUAAAUUGUAAUUUAUUGUUUUUAUUGCGAAUGUUGAGAAAAAUGUUUCUUGAUUUUUAUUACGUAUAUAUUUUAUUGUGGAUUAGUAUGUCAUUUAAGAUUUUAUAAUUUCCUUUUUUUUUUCAUUUCAUUUAUAAUCGUAUAG